AUGUCCGCCGACGCCGCCCCCAUAACCUUCACGCGCUUCUCCAAAGCCCUCGAAGACCUCUCCGUCGAAUCGCUCUACGCCAAGUACUCCGAGCUCACCAACCAACUCACACACCUCGAAUCGAGCAACAAGCAGCUCGAGGAGUUUGCGCGCGAAAACGACGACCGCGACUGCUACGAGGCGCUGAUGGAGAACAAACAGGUUAUGAAGAGGUUCGAGGAGCGGAGGGAGGCGAUCAAGAAUGAGGUCAAGGAUGUGAGGGGUCUGCCGUGGAGGCCGCGGGAGGAGGAGAAGGUAGAUGGUGCUGCGACGAACGGCAGUGUGGCUCCGGCGACGAAUGGUACCGCGGCUGAAGAACAGAGGAAUGGUGAUGCGCCGGCGCCUGAGGGUGACGAUGGCGUCUAUCUUUGA